AUGGCGGGGGGAGGCAAGGAGCGUAAAAUAAGAGUACUACAGAAAAAGUCAUCCAAUGCUGAAUCAGUGCACGGCCAAAUCCACGCGUGGGCCGGCCGGUCAGGCAACUGUCGGGCCUCGGGACCCGGGUUCCAAUCCUGCCCCGGCCACUGGGCUCCUGGGGAGACGCUAAACUUGGCUGGGCUUCGGUUUCAGCCGAUCGACCGGGCCGUGUGGGCGCUGGCAACGGGAAGGACACUACUCUCUGUCCGGCCUCACCUUCCCCUCCUUCGCUCCGGCUCCUAUUCCAGCGGGACCGGCCCCUUCUCCUCCGCACUGCCCGCCCGCACUGCCCGCACUGCCCGCCCGCCCUGCCCGCCCUGCCCCGGUGGCCCCGGCAGGUGCCCCGAGGGGCGGCUCCCCGCCCGGGGGCAAAGGUCAGGGAGGAGAAUCGGGCGGGAGAGGGCGGCUGGGCCGGGCCCGGACCCUUACCUACCCCGCCGGGCCCCGCCGCCGCCUCCAGCCACGCCAAGGCCGCCCCCGCCGGGCCUGGGCGCGGACCCCCAGCCGCCGCCGCCGCCGCCGCCGCCGCCGCCGGACCCGACCCCACUCGACCAAAGUGAAAGAGAAACGGCGCCCAACGACGAGGCCGACAACACUGGGGCCACUGCUUCGCUGGAGGCCCCGCCCCUCGGCCCCGCCACUGCCCAACCGUCAGCACGGCCACUGCCCGCCCCUCAGCCCCGCCCCUCAGCCCCGCACUGCCCAACCGUCGGCUCCUCCACUGCCCGCCCCUCAGCCCGUCACUGCCUGACCGUCAGCCCCGCCCCUCAGCCCGGUCACUGCCCACCCGUCAGCCCCGCCCCUCAGCCCCGUCACUGCCCGCCCCUCAGCCCCGCACUGCCCAACCCCUCGUCGCUGCCCACCCGUCAGCCCCGCCCCUCAGCCCCUCCCCUCAGCCCGGUCACUGCCCACCCGUCAGCCCCGCCCCUCAGCCCCGCCACUGCCCAACCGUCAGCUCUGCCCCUCAACUCCGCCACUGCCCGCCCCUCAGCCCCGCACUGCCUGCCCGUCAGCCCUGUCACUGCCUGCCCGUCAGCCCCGCCCCUGCCUGCCCGUCAGCCCCGCCCCUCAGCCCCGUCACUGCCCGCCCCUCAGCCCCGCACUGCCCAACCGUCAGCUCCGCCACUGCCCGCCCUCAACCUCGCCACUGCCCGCCCCUCAGCCCCGCCCCUCAGCCCCGCCACUGCCCACCCGUCAGCCCCGCCCCUCAGCCCCGACACUGCCCGCCCCUCAGCCCCCCCCUCCCCUGCCCAACCGUCUUCAGUGCCCCCACUAGCCAACUGUCCGUCCCGCCACUGCAAAACUGUCAGCCGGACCGCUGCCCGCCUGUCGGCCCUCAGCCUCCUCACUGCCCGCUGCCCACCCGUCAGCCUCCUCACUGUAAAACUGUCAGCCCUGUCGUCACUGCCUGCCCGUCAGCCCUUCAGUCAGUCACUGCCCAUCUGCCAGCCCCUUCAGCCCGACCACUGCUCACCGGUCAGCCCCGCCGCUUCAAAAUGUCAGUCCCUUCAGCCCCGCCACUUCCCACCUGUCAGCCCAACCCCCGCACAGUGUCAGCCCCGGCAGCCCGUUUCACUCCCGCCCGCCCGAUCCGGCUUGGGACCGCCCUCCUACCCCUACCUCCUGCUCCCUGCUCCCUAA